AUGAACAAUUUGACUAAAGCCAUAUUCAAUGGAAAUUUUGAUGAAUCUUUAUUAUCUGAUGAUGCUAUCAUCAUGAUGCAACUAUUCGCACCGCAACAACAAAGAAUACAGACGUUAAGCCUAAACCAACCAACCAUACGUGUUGGUUCCAUAAGUGGUCAUCGAUACAUUAAUUGUGUGAGGGUCAAAGGCGACGAACAAAUUUAUAGAGAUUAUUUUGCAGAUAAUCCUGUCUAUCCAGAAGAAUACUUCCGGAGACGUUUUCGAAUGAGGCGGUCAUUGUUUGUUAGUAUCUUACAUGAUAUUCAACAAGUGAAUGAGUACUUCAUUCAAAGUCGUGAUGCCACUGGUGCUUUUGGAUUAACCGGUGUACAGGAGAUAACUGCAGCACUUUGGAUCCUGCAGUACGGCGUGCCUGCUGAUGCUGUAGACAAGUACAUUAGAAGCGACGAAAGUGCUGCAAUUUCUGCCUUGAAUUUUUUUACCAGAUCAAUUGUUGCUACGUAUGAAGCCGUUUACUUAAGAUCUCUAAAUGAAGCAAACAUCGCCAGAUUAUUGCAAGAGGGAGAGCAAUGCGGGUUUCUUGGAAUGUCGUCUUUAUUUGUUGAAUUAACUAGAGAACGUGCCCCUACUGCCAACUACACCAUCAAUAAUCACGCGUACACCAUGGGGUAUUAUCUUGUAGAUGGUAUCUAUCCUUGUUGGGCAAUGAUUAUGAAAACAAUAUCUCAACAUCAAGGCACAAAGAGACAACUAUUUGCGAGAAUGCAUGAGGCAUUUCGGAAAGAUGUCGAAAGGGCGUUUGGAGUGCUCCAAGCACGAUUUAAUAUUCUCAGAGUUCCAGUUAGAGGUUGGAGUGAUGAGGAUCUGUACUACAUCAUGAAGAUGUGCAUUAUUUUGCACAAUAUGAUCAUUGAAGACGAGCGUGAUAUUCCAGAAAAUAAACGCAGUGUAGCACAACUUCAGAUUGAUACCAGCAAUACCCGUUGUCAAGUGUCACGCGAUUCGAAUGAGGAGUAUGCUCAAUUUGUGUUAAAUAGGCAAAGGAUUAGAUUUAUUGAAGCCCAUAAUGCAAUUUGUAAUGAUCUAAUUGCACAGUUGUGGUCCCGAGCUGGAGAGUAG